GAGUUCAAGCAGCAGGUUAGAGACUCUCACAGUCGAGAGCCAGAGACCGAGAGACGUUACAGGGAAUAUCACUAAAGCAUAUCAAUUACUCUGCACGAUUCUGCUUUCUGCACCUAUCUUAUCUGGUCAGCAUCAGAGGGUAAAACCUCCAGAGCUCUGCUGCUGCUGUUCACCACAUUCUCACAGAAGCACUUGUCCUUCAGUUCCCAGAAGAGAAAUACAGAAGCAGCAGGUUAGAGACUCUGACAGUCGAGAGCCAGAGACCGAGAGAGAAGCACGAUGUCUGAAUUCAGAAGGAUCCUAAUGUCUUCAUUCCUGAUGCUGCUGCUCCGCUUCACAGCUGCAGAUGUGAAACGGUGACUCCCCACAUUGUCAGAGUUGGAGGUGAAGUCACUCUGUCUUGUGAAAAUGUGUUACAUGAUCAUGAUGAGUGUGAGAGUACUACCUGGACCUUCAGUGACUCAAGAAGCACAGUGCCGCUGUUUGAACACGAGAAAGAUUCACAACGAUGCCAAAGCUAAAUCAGACAGACUGAGAGUUUUGAAAAACUGUUCUCUGGUUAUAAAGAAGGUCACAGAGGAGGAUGCUGGUCGUUACACCUGCAGACAGUUCAGAUCAGGACAACAACAAGGUCCAGACUCUCUGGUUGAUCUGUCUGUUGUUACCAUGACUGAACAUCAGGACACUGAUGAGGUGACGUUACGCUGCUCUGUGUCGACAUAUGGAGACUGUGGACUCACAGUGAAGUGGCUGUUUCAGGGUCGAGAUGUGGAUAAAGAUCACAGAGAGAUAAAGACAUCAACGUCUUCCUGCUCUGCCUCUGUGACAUUUCAGACCUCUCAUUUUAGUAACACAUCAAGGUCUAAGUUAUUUACAUGUGCAGUAACAGCUGGUGGCAACGUGCACACCUUCACUCCUCAGUCCUCAGGUGAGGACACAAAACCAGCAAAGACUAAUCCACCACCACCACCACCACCACCAACAACAACAACAACAACAGCUAACAACAACAUGAACUCAGGCUGGUGGUGGGGGCUCAUCGUUGUGACAGUGGGUGUUGCAGCUCUCACAAUAAUCUCUGUGGCUGUCAUCAGACGGAAGAGGACUCAGGGACAGAGACUUCAGAUGGAUGAAAACAUGCAGGCCGACCCCGAAGAUGGUGUUUCCUACGCCUCCAUCAGCUACACCAGGACGACCAACCAUGCAGCCCGGGUUCAGGGUAAAUAUGAUGAUGAUGAAGGUGAUGCAGUGACCUACAGCACUGUGAAAGCCUCUUCUUCUUCUGAUGGAGCCUCCGCUGAUCCCAACAACCUCUACACUAACGUCAAGAAACCGAGGAAAUGAGGAACCGCCGAUGAUGUCAUUACAGUUUGGUGACAUCAAUAACUGAUGGGGAGGACUGCUUUUUGUGACCUUUGUUUGCUGCUGUUAAACCCAUUGUUGUCCAGAAGGUGGUGCUGUAGGCUAACCAGUGGCACCAUGUCAAAGCAGAAUUAAUAACCAGUGGUGGAAGAAGUACUAGGGUCCUUUGCUUGUGUGUUAAUCAGCUAAAUGUACCUAAAGUGAAAGUAACCACUGUGCUUGUGAGCUGUCAGUAUUUUCCUAUGUAUGGCUUAAUAUUACUGCUGGAUUAAAGUGUAUGUUGUAUGUUGACUGACUGUAGAUUAGCUGCUGGGUUUUCAAUCUGCAAGCAAUAAAGCAUAUUUGAUUAAAUCAUCAUGUUUGUGG